GGCCAUGGAGGCCAUCUGGCUGUACCAGUUCCGGCUCAUUGUCAUCGGGGACUCCACGGUGGGCAAGUCCUGCCUCAUCCGCCGCUUCACCGAGGGCCGCUUCGCCCAGGUCUCCGACCCCACCGUGGGCGUGGAUUUCUUCUCCCGCCUGGUGGAGAUCGAGCCGGGCAAGCGCAUCAAGCUGCAGAUCUGGGACACCGCGGGCCAGGAGCGCUUCAGAUCCAUCACUCGGGCCUACUACAGGAACUCGGUAGGCGGCCUUCUCUUAUUUGACAUUACCAACCGCAGGUCCUUCCAGAAUGUCCACGAGUGGCUAGAAGAGACCAGAGUGCACGUGCAGCCCUACCAAAUUGUGUUCGUGCUGGUGGGUCACAAGUGUGACCUGGAUACCCAGCGGCAGGUGACACGCCACGAGGCCGAGAAACUGGCUGCUGCGUACGGCAUGAAGUACAUUGAGACAUCGGCCCGAGACGCCAUCAAUGUGGAGAAAGCCUUCACAGACCUGACGAGGGACAUCUACGAGCUGGUUAAAAGGGGGGACAUCACAAUCCAGGAGGGCUGGGAAGGGGUGAAGAGUGGGUUUGUCCCAAACGUGGUUCACUCUUCAGAAGAGGUGGUCAAGUCAGAGAGGAGGUGCUUAUGCUAGUGAAACCACGCGCUCCUGCCUGGCCGCAAGUGACUGAGAUGAGAAGACCUGAGUGUGACUGAAGAGCAGUCGACCUCCACUGUGGAUACGGGGGCAGGGCUGGGACAGGCUGUGGGUGGGGCCUGGGUGCUGUCACAGGGACUGAACCACCGAUGUGGCCCGUGCCAGGCCGUGUGCCCUUGGGGACUGGGGCUUGGGGAGCUGGGCCCCCAGAAAAACACCCCCACCGACAGGACAGGCGGUUCUUGGUCUUUCAGCUCGUUCAUAGGUCACGAACAUGUAACGAGGAAAGGGGGAGAGCGUCACACUGGGAGCAAUUCGCAGAACUGAGCACGGCAAGGCGCGCUUCCACAGCGAGAACAGCCCACGCCAGGCUGUAGCAGGCGAGGGGCGUGGGCCGCUACUGCUGAGACCCUUGCAAGGGGAAGUAUAAGCGGCGCGACUAGGAGGCACGAGGCCACAUGCACAGUUACUGCCACACUCAAGAAAGCGUGGUGGCGCGCGGCGAGCAGCUGUGUGUAGGUGCGGUGUGAGGAGCAGAAACGCCGGAGCCCACACUCCCUACCUCUUGCCCCCAGCACCACGGGGCUCCCUGGCAUUCAGGAGGCCCCCGCCUGUGUCUGCGGGCACCAGGCGGUCCCCUUCCAGUCGCGGACAGUCAUUCAUGGCUGGUUUGACCUCCAUAGCGGGCUGUGAGGCUUCUUCCCCACUUCACCAAGAGCAAAGCAAGAGACUCGCGUGGCCACUCGCUGCCUGGUUGCCGUCCGAAUUCUCAGGGGGCGACAGCGGAGACGGAAAGGCUGGCUGGAGGUUGCCUCACCUUCCUGAAGGAGGGGACGCUUUACGUUACUUUUCGGACCAUAGCUAGUUCAGCAAAAGCCAUACUUUCCACAGUGAGUGUGAACUGCUGCGUGAGUGUGACUGAAUCGGAAAGUCUGGGGGUUCACUUCAGGCAGAACAAAGAAGCCAAAUAACGAAGAUCGUGGUGACAGACCCCCGGCCGCACCCACGUUCUUCGUUCCCCACAGCUGGGCUGGGCAGGGGCAGCCUGUCCCAGCGUGUGGUUGCCGAAGGCAAAUGAGAUGCUACAUGGAUUGGGUGAUCACAAAAUUUCAUACUUCACUAUGUUUAGGAAACUCUGAAAGCAAGAUUAUCCAGUGGAUAAAUAAGAGUUGACUGGAUUCUGUCAGUUCCAAAAAAGGAUAGAAGCAGAACUUCUCUCUGGGUUUCUCGACUAAAAAUACGUUAUAUGUAUACUUUUCCCAUUCCUUACAUUUUUUAGGCAGGUUUUAAAAUAGCAUAGAUACAGCAGAGAUGGCCAAGCUUAAUCGCUCAAACAAGUUCUAGAAACUUUAAAAAUCUUUUAGUAGAAUUCAGUGCCAUUGUCACUGCACUAAGUGGGUUUUAGGAAAUAAGUGUGAAAAAGCCAGGUGUUAAUACCAUACUAAGGAUAAAGCUUUAGAAGCUAUUUUACUACAAUAGGUAAAGAAAAGAUAAACUAACCUGUCACAAGACCACAACUGCAUGUUGGGUUAGAUCGUCUCAUAUUCCAGAACAAAUGUGCUGUGCCCUUUCCUCGCCUUGUCGUGCGCUGUGAUGAAACGUGGAUGAAAAUAUGCCUGUAUUUAGUAAAAUGGUUGAUUAUGUGA